AUGAUUGUAAAAUUUCACAAGAAAACAGAGAGAAUAAAAGGAUUGUCUUUUCACCCAAAGUAACCUUGGCUACUUAUUGGAUUGCAUUCUGGAACAAUUCAAAUGAUAGACUAUAGAUUGGGAAGAGUAAAAAUAUGCUUAAUAUUUACAAACAGACAAUAGAAGAAUUUGUCGAGCAUGAAGGUCCUGUGAGAUCAGUUUAGUUUCAUCAAUCUUUGUGUUUGUUUGUAUCAGGCUCAGAUGAUUUUACUGUAAGAGUUUGGAAUUACAAAACUAAAAAAUGUUAAUUUGUAUUGCGUGGCCAUUUAGAUUUUGUAAGAUGUGUACAUUUCCAUCCAGAAUUACCUUGGUGUGUAUCAGCUUCAGAUGAUUAAACAUCUAGAAUUUGGAAUUAUUAAUCAAGACAAAUGAUAGCCAUAGUAACAGGGCAUAGUCAUUAUGUAAUGCAUUGUGAAUUUCAUCCAACAAAAGACUUUUUAAUUACAUGUUCUUUAGAUUAGACUAUUAGAUUAUGGUCUAUUUCAUAAUUAAAGAAAAGAUUUACAUAAAAGAAUGUAAAAUAAUCAAAUUAAAUCUUAAGGUUUAGAAUGAAUAACAAAAUGAAUUAGAAUUAAUAUAAAUUUUAGAAGGACAUAAUCAAGGUGUGAAUUGGUGUACAUUCAGUUCAACUGAAAAUUUAAUAUUGUCAGCAUCAGAUGAUAAAAAAGUAAAAGUUUGGAAAUUUUAUGAAUCAAGAGGCUUUGAAAUAGAUUCAUAUACAGGUCAUAAUGUAAUUUCUAAAUUAUUAUAAUUAUAGAAUAAUGUGAGUAGUGCUAUGUUUCAUCCAUAUGGAGAUUACUGUAUAUCUAAUUCAGAAGAUAACACAAUAAGACUUUGGGAUAUGAAAAAGAAAAUAGAGAUUGACUGUUUUACAAAUUAUGAAUUAGAUAGAUUUUGGGUAAGUGCUGUUCAUUAGAAUAAUAAUUAUUUUGCAGGAGGAAGUGAUUCUGCUUUAUAUAUAUUUACAUUAUUUAAAAAUAGACCAGCAAUAGAUUUGGUGGAUAAUAAGAAUUUAUUUGUUGGGAGCAAGAAAUAAAUUAAAUUAAUAGAUUUAUAAACUAAUUAAGAGAAAGAUAUAAAGAAUUUUUAAGAAAUUUCAAAUUCAAUAUCAGAUAAUCUAUUAUAAGAUAAUAUUGAGUUUAUCUAACAAAAUAUAUAUGAAACUAGUAAAAACUAACUUUUAGUAAGGUUGAAACAAAACUCUCAUAAUAAAUAAAGAGGGAUUUGUAAAUAUGUGAUCUAUGAAUGUUAAACAAAUAUUAGUCAAAUCUUUUUGGGUAAGACUGCAAUUUUUAUUGGAAAAUCUAAGAUCUUAAAAUCUAAAGAAAGUUCUGAAUUAGAAAUCUAUAAUUUUGAAGUAGAUUCACAUACAGCUCUAGGCUAUAAAGCAGAUAAACUUUUUUCUUAUUAAGGAGGCAAAGCCAUAUUUUAUACUGAUUAAAUGAUUAAUGUAUUAGAUCCAGUGGCUAAUUAAUUAAUACAUUAAAUUCCUUGUUCAAUAGAAUUUAAUAAUAUGAAAAGAGUGUUAACUAAUGAUACAUAUGUUAUGAUUCAAACUAAAAAAGCUAUUUAUCUAUUUACAAAAUCAUUUUAAAGGGUAACUUAGAUUUCAGAAUCAAUAAAUAUUAAAUCAGUAUUAUUUUUAAGUCGAACAUAAAAUAUCAUCAUAUAUUCAACCAAAGUUCAUAUAAAAUAUUUAUUAAUCAAUGGAGAUUCUGGUAUAUUUGGAACUAUGGAAACUGUACCAUAUCUUAUAUAGUUACAAUAACCAAUAGAUAAAUAGAGUGAAAAAUAUAAAUUAUAUUACAUGAAUAAUGUUGGUAAAUUAUUAAACAUGAGUCUUGAUUGCUCUGAAAUGUUAUUUAAAUAAGCUUUAAUUGAUAAAAACAUUAAAUAUAUAUAGAACUUCUUAAAAACACGUAAGAUAUUGGGUGAUUUGAUUACAUCAUAUUUAUAUUAAAAAGGAUUUUCAAUGCUUGCUUAUUAAUUAGUUGAUGACAAAAGAGCUAAAUUUUAAUUAGCAUUGUCUUCAAAUAAUUUAGAACUAUCUUAUAGAACUUGUGAUGACUUAAAGAAUCCUAUAUGUUAUCAAUAACUUUCUGAAGAAGCCAUGAGAUAAGGCAAUCAUAAUAUAGUAGAAGUUUGUUAAUAGAAAUUGAGAUCCUCUGAUUAAUUGUCUUUUCUAUAUACAAUCACAGGUUAAAAUGAAAAGUUGAAUGUUUUAAGUACAAUAGCUAAAGAAUAAAAUGAAUAUAACACUCGAUUCUAAACAUUAUUACAUCUUGGUAAUAUUAAUCAAAGAAUUUAAUUUUUAUAAGAUUGCAAAUUAAAUCAUAUUGCCAAUCUAAGUAAAUUAGUCCAUGGAUUAGAUUAUGAUAAAAAAUUUAUUAUCUCUGAAGAUUUAGCAUGGUUAUAAUCUUUGUAACCAGAAACUUUAUAACCUCCUAUUUCAAUCAUAAGAUCUAAAUAACAUCCUCUAUUUUCUAUGAAUUGGCCUCAUAAUUUUAUUGAUUAAGAUUAAUAAUAUAAUUAAUUAAUAGUAGAAGAUCAAGAUAACAAAGAAAAAACAUAAAAAUAAUAACAUGAAAAAUCAUCAAAAAAUCAAGAAAAGUAGAAUGUUAAUAAUUAUAAAAUUUAAGAUGAAAAAUAAGAAACAGAAAUCUUAUAAUAAUAAGAGAAGGAAGAAAUAUUUGAAGAUUGUUAAUGGGAAAUAAAUGAAUAAGAACUUUUAGAAAUGCAAUUAACUUAAACCACUUUAGAUUUUAAGAGCUUGCAAUAUGGAUAUCCUGAUUAUAAAAAAGGUAAUAUCUACAAAUAACAAAAUAGUUUUAUCACCUGUUGAAUAAGUAAUUACAGAAUAAUUUUAAUAAUGUUAAUAAACAUUAAAAUCAACUAAAAAUGUGACCAAUCUUCAUCUUUGUAAAGACUAUAUGAAAUAAUUGUGUUUGAGUUCAAUUAUGGAAAUAACUCAAAUACCUUUCUUAUAAAGUGCCCCAUAUAUGUUAACAUCUUUAUAAGAUAAAUAACAAUUCAAUAGAAAUUCUUAAAGCCUACUUAAAUAAGGUUAUAAAUAAACUACUGAUGGAAAAUUUCAAGAUGCCUUGAAUACUUUUAAAAACUUAUUAAGACAAGCCUUAUUUUAUGAUAAAAAUACAGAAAUUGUUCCAAUCUGCUUUAAUUACAUAAUGGCUAUGAAUUGUGAAUUAAAUAAAAAAGAUUAAAGUGUUUCUCGACAAAUUGAAUUAGCUUGCUAUAUGGCUAUGUGUGAUUUAUAACCAAUACAUCGUUCUUUAACUUUAAGGGCAGCCAUGAGUUUAGCUUACAAACAUAAAAACUAUUUGACUGGAGCUUAAGUAGCUAAAUAUUUGUUAAAACUAUUAGAAAAGGCUCCAUAAGGAUCAGCUUAUGCAAAGAUUGAAGUUAUCGAAAACGUAAAGAAGGUAAUAAAAAUUUUAAUAAUUUUUAGAUUUAAAAAAACUGUGAGCAAUAUUCAAGAAAUGAGCAUCAAAUAGAUUUCGAAGAAGAAUAUUUAAUUUAAGGUUGUAAAUUACUAUUUGCAGAUACUUUGACAAUCAAUAAGGAAUAAAGCAAUCAUUAAUGUUAGUUUGAUAAAGCAAUACAUACUUAAAAUAGAAAAAUUUGUAAAAUUUGUGAUUUGUGUUAUAUUAAUUGA